CACUAGUCGAUUACGUAAGAUCAAGUCCCACCUACUGAGCAAAAUGCGCUGUACUAGACAACUGCGACAGUAACAGCUGCCCUGCCGCCCCCACUGUUGCUGUUGUUGGGUGCCCCUACAUAGCGCGCUGGAACCGAUCCUCUUCGACUAUGGCUAAGGCGAUGGCGGUGAUGCGUAAGGGAUUACCACCGCUGCUGACGCGCUAAAUCUCGAUACUGGGUGGAUGUAUUAGUGGUGCUGGGCAUAAGCUGUCCAGUCGUCCCAGUCCAACUGGUGGAGGUGGUAACUAACAAUGGGAAAGGAAGACGACUUAUUCAAAGCAGUGAAGCAGAAUGAUUACUACAAACUACAGAAAACCCUCUUUGCUGACCGAAGCCAUCCAAGUAAGAAGAAAGAUCGUCCAAACAAUCAAGCUAACGUCAUUGCUCUUCAUAGCAAUGGCGUAAAUACAGAUGAACGUCGACGCCCAAAUGUUAAUGUAGACUGCCAUGAAGCAGGCACUGGUUACACACCUCUAAUACUUGCUGUUCUCAAUCAAUUAAAAGAAAUCAGCCAGUUGUUACUUGCUUCUUUUGCUGAUCCCAAUGAACAGGAUUUUAAGGGAAAUACAGCUCUUCAUAUGGCUGUGUUUUGUGGCCGAGCUGACUUGAUGGAACUUCUACUGCAAAAUGGAAGUAAAGUGAACAUACAAAAUAGUGAUGGUAAUACACCUCUCCAUAUUGCUUGCCAAUGUGACUGUGAUAACAGAGUUUUAGUUAUGCUGAAACUUUUAACGGCUGGAGCAAAUAUACAGAUGGUUAAUAAAGUUUCAGCAACUCCUCUAGAUGUAGCAGCUAUGUAUAAUAAGAAAGAUGCUGUUUCUACCCUCCUUGAUCAUGAUAAAGAAGCACUAAAAGGUAACAGCCUUGCCCUUGUCGAGGCCUCGAUACGAGGAUAUGCACCGAUUGUCGAGAUGUUGCUUAAGUAUGGCAUUAAUCCAAAUGUUGUCAACAAGUUGAAGGAAACAGCACCUUUGCAUGAAGCAAUACGGUUUUUUAGACUGCAAGUAGCUGAGAGGUUAUUACAAUAUGGUGCAAAAACAGAUGUUGCCAAUCCAGCUGGAGAGACCCCUUUAAAAAUGGUGAAAGACUUGCCAAGAGAUAGGCCAAAUGAAUUUCAGCGGUUAUUUGAUGAAUACAGCACAGGAGAAUUAAGACGUGCCCAUGUACAGUUUAAUAGCUCUUUUGUAGAACGUCGAAAAAAAUCUUAUAUCAAAAAAUAUCCGGAACUUGAAAAUAACAUGAAAUGGACAGAAAACUCGCCAAGUUAUUGCAGUUGUUGUACUGCAAUGAGUCCAAAUACUAAUAUUUUAGAUAAUGACAACUGUAGUUUUUGGGUAAUUCCUUCAAUCCAACAGGCUUGGACAGUGUUGGAUCUCCAGCAUGAACAUAUAAUUACAGGAAUCAAGGUUUUUGGAUGGGACAGUCCAAAUAUGGUCAAAAAUUUUGAACUACGGAAAGGCUAUACAAUUGAAGGCCCCUGGUCAACUGUAGUUCAUUUUGCCUGUAAAUCAGAAGGUAGUAGUGACCCUAAGGACCCAGGAAAAGCUCAGAUCUUUGAUGGCUUCUCCGACAGCUCCCGUUUUUGGCAGCUUCUAAUCAUUGACAACCACGGGGGAAGCUGCAUCUGUUUUCAGGGCAUCAAUUUAUAUGGCGCUGAAAAACGGAUUUUCACUGAACUUGAACAGAUGUGCUUUUCAGAAGAGUUUGCUAACAGGGUUGUGCAAAAGGGUUUUAAUACAUAUAAAAAGUUUUUAGAAAUGAAAGAAUCGGACUUAAAAACUCUGCUUCCAAAUAUAGAUCAAGUCCGACACAUGCUGAUGCAUUUAGGAGCUCUGAAAAUUAAAGAAUAUCCAUUGCUUUGGAAGAAACCUCCAAUCACUGAAGCUGAAGAAGGAUCUCGCUUGCCUCGUUUCAUUGUGCAGUCAGCUGGUAAUUCAGAUAUGUUAGAAAUCAUAGUUAAUGGUGCCACAAUUGGUGGCUGUAUCAGAUCACAGCUACUCCCGUGUAAAGAUAGUAAAAUGAAUGUUGCCAUAUUUGAUGAUAUCAAAAUUUUUUCCAGUGGUACAUUUUUGAUAACUGUUCAAAGUGUUCUGUCCCCAAACAUCCAUCUUAAAGCUCCAGAUCCCAUUCACAUAAAACGUCCUGCACGAACUGCAGCAGAAGUUGAAGCAGCAUUUGACGAAAUUCAGCUCAUGUUACAUAAAGUGGCCGCAUCUUUAGAUGACACAAUUGAUUCAUAAUUUUUAAACACACACUCAUACAAAUAUACUUCUUCAAACAUUGAGCAAAUUUCAAGGAAUUAUUAUAAUGUAUCAAAAGAUGAUAAUUUAGCAGAAUAUUUUAUAGUUUAACCCGUUUUCUCCAUUUGCUAAAACAGUUUAACACAAUUUCUGUAAAACAUCUGCUAAGGCUGAAUAUAUUUUGUAAAAUUACCUUCAGCCAAAUGGAGGAAUUUUUUUUUUUUUUUAUAAUUUCUGGAAGAAAUGAUCUGCUUUGAAAGUUAUGACCAGUUUUUACCUGCUAUACUUAUUUGGUAUUGCGAAGAAGAAAAAGAAGAAAAUGGCUAAAAUAUUUACCCUUGUCUAUAAAGUGAGAGGUAAAGUAACACAGUGAGGUGGAAGACCUGAGCAAUAUAUUUAUUGAUUUUCUUUCUUUCUAAAAUAUUUUGGAAAUAAUCCUAAUGUUGUGAUUAUUUCCUUGUUUUGUUCUUGUUCAUUUCAAGUUUUUUUUUUCUAAUUGAGAACCAUUGAUGAGCAUCAAUUCAGGUACUUCUCACUUGAGAACAGGGCCAUAUUUAUUGCCACAUUGGGAAACAUAAUGUUGUUGAUUAAUAAUCAAUCAACUGCUUCACUAAGAUGUACCGUCACUGAGUCCAACUUGAUAAGUCACUGACAGAAUAAUUAAUUUGAUUUUAUAUAAGCCUUUUCUCACUAUUCAGCUUAACUAACAUUUAAACUGAUAUAUUGGACCCUUAAUCCGAGCUCCAGUGUGGUCAAGGCUUAGAUUUCUUAACUGACAAGGGGUUCAAAGAGUGAUUUGACAUUAUGAUCUACUUUUAUCUGUCAAGUUAAUUUCAGAUAAAGGUCAAUAUUGGAAUUAUAUUUUAAUAAUCUAUCCCUAUAAUGUAUAAAAAUAUAAGCAUACUAUGAAGUUGCUUAAGGAAUCAUUAAUUCAGAUAUUAAAAAUGGUCUGAGUCUUGAAUUUAUACUGUAAACCCAAACUAGAUUGUUCCAUGAAUUAAUCAGUGUGGUAAAGAUUCCUUCCAAGCUUCAAGUGGAACAACUAGUUUGCCUCCUCCUCCUCCUCCUCCUCACUGUCCUUCAAACCAUCACUCUACUGAUUGAUCAUGGGUAGCAAUAGCAAAUGUUUGUUUUUUUGUGAUAAGCUGCAUUUAUUGUCAACCUCACACAAGAUAUCUUUUUUCUAUAUUCUUUGACCAUUAAAUUGUUGAUGGAAUUCCAAAGAAACUAUAGUAAUGGGUAUUUAAAGAUAUCUCAAUACUAAUUUUUUAUGGCGAUUUAAACAUGAUCUGUUUUAUCUACCUUUUUGUAUCAACCAAACAAAUUUUUGCAGAAGAAUCUUCUGAUGAAGGGAGAGAACUAUCUAUUUAAGAAAUGAAAUGUAUUCUACUAGAUAUGUGUAAAUUUUUUUUCAAAAGACAUCAGUAUUUUUAGGGAGUGUUCUGUUUGUUUUUUUCCCCUCUGUUUUUGUUUUGUUUCCUUUGUUAAAGUGCAUUGAGAAAUAUCUAAAGUCAAAAGAUAAAAAUAUCUGAUCAGAUAAUUCACUUUAAACCUUUGCUGUUCAAUUUUUGCACCAAAGACUUCAAAUUUUUUAAAUGUAUUUUUUAUACUUUUAUUUUAUGUUUAUUUUAAGAUGAAAUGAAAGAAACAUUUUAGUUUGUUUGUUUGUUUUUUUGCUUCAAGAUUUGUUUUAAAAUGAUUAUAAUUUAACAAACUACAAGGUCAUUUAACCAGAUAGUCAAUUAAUCCAGCAUGUUUGAUUAGAUCAAAAACAUUAAUAUUUUUGUGUGUAUUUCUUCUCAGUUUUGCAAUGUAGCAUUCCAUUAACUGUGGCAGUAGGGUUCUUGUUAAUCUUGAACCCAUUUGGGAAAAUUAACAAAAAUCAAGGAAAAAAAGAUGAAAUUUAAUUUUGAUCUUGAAUUAAGUUAAUUAAAAUUAUAUUUAAAAAUAUAAUUCAAGUAAACUUAAACUAAAUAAAACAAUGUCUUGAAAAUACAGUGGUAAUGACAAUAGCUAGCAGUGAUUUGAGAUUUCCAAUUAAAUCAAUAUAUAUUACUAAUGUAUUGAUUUCUUGCCUCAUGGUACAAUAUCACCAGCUUUUAAGUGUAAUUGAGAUGAAUCCACUUUUUUUGAGAAUCAAAACUUAUUCAUAAACUUAGUUCUCUCUCGCUCUCUCUCUCUCUCUCUCUCUCUCUCUUUCUUUCUUUCAGAACUUAGUUCUAGUUCUGCAGUGUUCAGCACUGAUAAAUCUAUCAUAUCUUAAAUGAAAUACAUGCUUUGCUAUAUUUUCAUUAGCUUCUUAUACUAAACUUGAGUAACUUCCUAUUGCCUUCAUUAUGUAGGAACAAAGUCUAAGACUGUUCUUAUAUGAUUCGGUACAUAUUUCCGAGAGUUAAAGAAACUAAAGUGGAUACUGUUGAGUCUCCUUCACAGAAACAAUGAAAUAUUGAAUAUGAGAUGCUGAUCUGAACUUUUAACAUCUGAGUGGGUAGUCUAAUACCUUACACAUUAGGCCAUUUAUUCUUCUUUAUGUAUUUGAAGAAUACAACAGAAAGAGUACAUUAAAUUUGCUGUGGAGAGUGGAAUGUCCAAAGUUUUGGACAAAAUCUUUCUUCAGAGUAAAGAUGAUAGGAGGGAAAUAAAAGAAAGACAGCAGAGCCUUACAUCCUCUAUAUUUAAGAAACUGGCUGCAGUACUGGCUACUCUGUUCCCCACAGUAAUUUUACUGUACUGUUUCUGUUGCUUUUUUGAGCUAAUACAAGUCUUUCUGAUGUUGAUUGCCACCUGUCCCUCUGGACUGUAUUUAAUCUGAUAUUCCUCUUUAUAACUAUAAAUGUGUUUGAAUCCAAAUUUUUGAGAUAGUUCGUAUCCAGUCAACAAAUUACAUUUUGACUAUACAGUAGAGAGGAAUUCAUAUUUCCAGCUACCUCAAAAAAAAUUGCUUUCUUUAAUUCUUGUAUCUACUCUUUUGUAUUAAUUUCUACUUAGAUUAAGGUGUAGAUAUACUAGUGAUGAAGUAAGUUUCUCAUUUUAGUCAAGAAAGUUGUUCUGUGAUGACACUCUAUCCUAUACCUUUUAUGAACCAAAGAAAGUAUAAUCUGGCUAUUUAUUCUAAUGUCAGUAAUAAAGAGAUUGACUUUCUAGACACUAACCUCUUUAUAUUCUAUGAAGCAGCAAGCAGUGAUGGGAAUUUCUAUGCAACCUCUUGAUCUGCUCAAAAUGGCAGCCAGAACUCUUUCAACAAAUCCCAUCAUCAUCAUUUAAUGUCUGGGUUCUAUGCUAGCAUGGGUUGGGUGAUUCAACAAGUUUCUACAGCAGGAUGCUCUUCCUGACACUAACCACUUUACAGAAUUUACUGUGUGCUUUUCUUUUAUGCCACCAGCACUAGUGAAGAUUGCUUUAUUACUUGCAAGGUUAAGGACCCAAAGUAGCCCCUACAACUAGAAGAUAGCAUGUUGAUUCUAGGUAGGAUGCUAAGGGAGAGAGAAACAGAUUUAUAGUUGCGAUAAGGAGAGUAAUAGAGUUGGCACUAACUGUGGUCUGUAACUUUAAAACCUUCAAUUUUAAAGCUUAGAACCGUUUGAUAGCAUUCAAACUUUGAAGCUAUCCACUGACAAAGACUCUAAAAGCUCAUAGGCA